AGAAAGUUUUCAUCGUCAGAUGAACUGCGGUCACCAGCAGGACGCUGCCUCUAUCAGCCCACGCGCAUUGGAUUGUGCAUAUAGUUGGAACUGGAAGUAAGUAGGUACCUCAGCAUGCUCAGCUCAGCCAAGAAAAAGAGCAAUAGAUAAAUCCUUGUUGAAUUAGCUUUCGCAGGGCCGGAAAUACAAAUUGAUCUAGUGUUAUCAAAAUCAAUCUAGAAUUAGCCGCAGAAAAGCUAGUGCGCAUGGCCCCGGGUAGGAAUUGUCACAGUUGUUGCCCCUGAAGACUCAAUCCUUGCCUGCACGCGACGGACUCACAGGCUCAUUCUGACUACGCACAUUGCACCUUCUGCGGCAAAGAGAUGCAGGGUGGCAGCAAUGCGAAGCGCAGCACAACGCUGCAGGCAUUUUCGCUGAAGGGACUUCAGCUGCGCCCCAAAGCCUUGAAGGCGGUGAUGAAGGGUCUGGCCGCUGCGGAGGAUUACGACAAACAGGUCAAACUCUUCGCCGAAGCCUGCAAACAGCACCUUCGACGGGCGACGACGCGGACGGUAAAUUCUAUCUAAUUCGAUAUUCGUUCUUGGUGUUGCAGAAAAACCAUCUCUGACAUUGGUUGAUUUUGAAGUUCGAAAGCCACAAACUCACUAAAAUAAACAGGGAUUUGCUUUCACCCGCUUCUGCGUUGUCAUGCGGAAGUGACGCAAAUCCAAACUCGCACUCUAAUUCCACUUCCAUGUUGAUCUCCAUCUGACAUCAAAAAAGUGAAAGUCCACCACAUACUUGCUCAGACGUUCGUCGAGGAGAACAUGGUGAACGAGCUGCUGAAUACAUUUCAACUGCAGCAGCAGGCAGCGACGGACCCGGACGACCCGAUGGACGUCGAUGGCAGUGCUGCCGCAGCUGCAGGAAGCAGCGGGAACAAACAAGGCAAUAACCAAGGCAGUAACGAACCCAGCAGUAGAGUUCUGGCCAAAGUGCAGGCCGGCACGUCCGCAAGCUCGUCCUCUUCCGCGGUCCCCCCGCCCAUGUUUGCUCCCCCACCCGGAGCCGCAGCCGCGCAGCUUGGGCUGAUGAAUAACAAAGGUGUGCAGGACAUGGAGAUAGAAAACGACGCGUUGAACGCCAGUACCAUGGCGAACAAAGCGGGGCUCAAUACCACGAUGGAGUCCAUUCCGAACGCCCGACAAGAGCUGCUGGAGCAAGAGCGGAACAAAUUUGCGCACCUAGGAGACGGCAUUGCGGUCUACAACGUGUUCAAAGACACCCCCGUGAUGGAGUACAACACGAGCACGCACACGUUUCAGGUGUCCACCAGCUUCAAACCGACCCUGUUUCCAGACGCCGACCGGCGCCCGCGCAUGAUGCAGGAGCGCCAGCACGUGUGCGAGUCGCAGCUGUACCACCGAAACAAGGCCGCGGUAGAGUUGAAACGGAAGGCAAAAGCGCUGAACUUGAAGCUACCAAAGGGGAAGGACCUGCUGAAGGAAGUGCCGCAAAUGCAGUACUACCCCUCCUCACACGAGUUCACGAACAAACAGCAAAUCUGUCGCGGACAGACCAACCUGUACGAAAUUUUGAUUCCCGUAAUACCCCGAGCGAGCCACCACUCGCGCCGGAUCGAGUCGGAUGAUCCGAAGGACAUACGCGACCCGAUACCACCCGGCACCACAGUGGCAAUUUGCGAGUGGUACUUCGCUAAGACUGAGAGCCGCCUGAAGUUCAUGGUGACCUGUUUGAAUACAAAAUAGUAGAUCUGCACGAUUGAUGAGAUUGGACUCAGCCUGUGUGAUGCUUUUUGUAACGACGCAUGAUCGCCCACGUUUUCAGGUACACCUCCGCCCACGAUAAGCCGGAAUGGUACCUGAAGCUGCAGAAACUGCCGAACAGCAAGCAGGAGGGGUGGAUUCCCUACCGUGCAAGCAUUGCCGGCGUCGAACAGGACACGGUAAAGCCGCGGGGCGAGCCAGACAAGUGCAUGAUUACUUGCGUCGAGAGCCUGGUGGGCAACUACGGUCACAAAAUCACCUUCGGUCUUCUGGUGGAGGCACCAAACGCCGGGUCGAGCAGCUCCAGCUCCGGCAUGCACGGAAGGAGGUAUGCGCUGCAGGAAGGGAGAAAGCGGAUCGAGCUGAAUCUGAAGCACUUUGCCCAGGCGGACGAACUGAUCAUCCACGGUGGCUUCUACGUCGUGGAAGGCAUCGUGGACAAUGAGCACGGAAUUUUGCACGUGUGCAAGAUGUGGAAUCCGCCAAUCACCGAAACAAAGACGUAUUUUGUCGUUUUGACGACGAGGAAAAAGUGAUUCCUUCACCCUGUUUUGAGCUUGUGUGUUUCUUUCACUUUCAUCUUAGGGGAAAAAAAUUGAAGAAAACAUUCCACAACAGUCCCAUCCAGCCGGGUUCGAAGAAGCGCAAGCGUAUUCCGGACGCGAUAAACCACUUUGGCGGGAAUAUCACGCUCGAGGAUUUGAAGUAUUUGACGAAGAUUGAGGAAAUGGAGGACGCGGAGAAGCAGCUGGACUGCAAUCGCCACCUGGUGGACGCGCGACUCCGCUACGAGCGGGAGUACUACGUCCUCAUGGCCGACGUGAAUUUCGACGACCCGAACACGUUCGAGAUGCUCGCCGUGGUGUUUGACCGGUUCGAGGACUCUGAGCAUCAGCCGCACUACAUCCUGAUGGGCAAGUUCCGCGCCCCGGACCACUACUUCGAUCCGCGCAUGGAGAACACGGUGCACACGUGGAAGGACAAGCUGCUCCACUUGAGCACCCUCCUCGCCAGCCACGAGCACACCCGGAAAAAGCGCAUCAUCAUCGUGCCGGACUCGUCGGACCACUGCGGGCACCCCGAUUUUUUCCCGCUGCCCCCGAUGGAGACCUACGGUGUGCAGUUCCGCGAGAACGUCAUUUUCGCGAGCAACCCCUGCCGCAUCCGGCACUACGGGAAACAGAUCGUCAUCUGUCGGAACGACGUAUGGAAGGAACUGCGCGAGGCCGAGUGCGUGCCCUUCCGCGACCAGGGUGAUCCCACGAGGCGGUUUGACGCUAUCGCGCACUACCUGCUGGCACAGGCGCAUUUAUUUCCCGUACUGCCGGUGGCACAUAGGAACACGCUCAUCGGGUAUGCAUUGCUUUUCUCUUCUCGUGGCGAUUGUUUUCAUGACACUUGUUUUGCUGCUGCAGGUAAACUGAUGUCGCUUUCAUGGAAGGCGAAACUAAAGUAAAUGUACAUGCAUCUGCAGUUGUACGAUGAGGACGUAUGCACUUCUACUACACAGGUUCGACCAUGGCUUGCGGAUGUACCCACCGCCUGACUUGCUGCUUCUCUCCUCGGGCAUGUGGCGAACGCACAUCUCGAAACCCCAGGCAGACACGGAAGUGUUGUUUCUCGGUGCGUUCACGCAGCGAUCGCAGUGGGGCUUCUACACCUACAACCCGGCACCGGAUGUGCUCGUGGACGGUGCGGAAACGCUCACCUACUGCUCUGCUGCGGAAGUGUAGCGGGUAUAGCGCGCAGGUGCAGAUGCAGUCUCGCCCAUGGACACAAUAAAGACAUGACAUUCAUUGUAACUUAUGUUGCAGAACCAAAAAGAAGCAAUAAGAUAGCGCACAGGCUGUCAGACUGGCCCUUUGUUUUGUCAACUGCACGACUACAUGAGAAAACUGUGUAAAUGUUCGAG